AUUCCGUCUUUAUGUCCGUUAUAAAAUAUUAAAAAAGUGAAAGUACAUUGUUUUAAAUUUGGAUUACUUUUAAAUUGUAUUGCCUGUAUCAAAGAGACGUGGCGCAACUUCUUACAAAAUUUUGGUGACUUACGGUUUGAGAUAUGUCUUUCAAAACUUCAAGAAUGUGGUUCAGCUCAUCAACUAAGUAUUACAAUGAGAAAAAAAGAGAGGAAAUUGAUGCAAAACGUAAAGAAAUUAUGGCUCGUGGAUUACCCAAGCAGAAACCAAUCGCCGGGGUGAAACAAAUCUUACUUGUAGCUUCAGGCAAAGGAGGAGUUGGAAAAUCGACUACAGCUGUAAACUUAUCUACAGCGAUCAAAACAAUCGCGCCAAAUAAAUCUGUUGGAUUAUUAGAUGCAGAUGUCUUCGGUCCGUCCAUACCUUUGAUGAUGAAUUUACAUGACACUCCGCUGUUGAAUGAAGAAAACCAAAUGGAACCAUUAAUUAAUUAUGGUAUCAAAUGUAUGUCAAUGGGAUUCUUGGUCGAUGAAAAGUCUCCUGUGAUUUGGCGAGGUCUUAUGGUAAUGAGUGCCCUAGAGAGAUUGAUUCGCCAGACUGCCUGGGGUCCACUGGAUUACCUCAUAGUGGAUACUCCUCCUGGCACUGGCGAUACACAUUUGUCAUUGAUUCAGAAUCUUCCAUUAUCUGGAGUCUUAUUGGUUACUACUCCACAAAAUGCAGCUCUGCAGGUCACCAGAAGAGGAGCAGCUAUGUUGAAAAAAAUGAACGUUCCUAUUGCUGGAGUUGUAGAAAAUAUGAGCAGUGUAACCUGCCCAGAAUGCUCACAUGAAGUCAAACUAUUUGGAAGUGGAACUGAAAUCUUAGCUAAAGAUCUCGGUAUAGAAUUCUUGCGGAAAAUUCCACUGGACAGGUGCAUUACAGAGAAUUGUGAUGAUGGAAAACCAAUAGUUUUAUCAAUGCCAGAGAGUUCACCAGCAAACGCUUAUCGCAGCCUUGGACGUUCAAUAAUAGAAUUCUUGAAGAAGCAACCCAUUAAUAACACAUAACAUGAUUAUUCCAUAACUCUCAUGCAAUCUGUACAAUUUCUUCUUUGUGGUUUUAGUGACUUGCUGAUAGUCUGUAUGCGAUGUCUAAUAAAAUAAUGUGUAUAAUGA